AUGGAAGAUUUCCCACAGUCGAGGGUACUUGAACCCAUUGAUUCUAAUUCACUUUCUUUGAUAUCAUCCUCAUCUGGAAAUGGUAGCGGCAAUGUUACCAAUGAUAGCUUCAACAAUAUGUUCACAAGACCAGUCACACCUACAUUUCUCAAGAGUGAAGGCACCGUCGGUGGAUCCUUUCUAGGUUGGCAAUUCGACGGUAAAGAGUUUGAAUUCGACAGUAACAGCACACCAACCAAGAAUAAUGAUUCAGGACAUCAAAAGUUUUUGCAUGUAAGGAAAAGACAUGCUCAACUGAUGGGGGCCAAGCCAAGGAUCCCAUCAAGAUUGCAUCAAUCCAUUUCUAAGCUGGACUUAUUAGAUGAGAAUAGCUUGACAAGUUUACCUAUACCACCCCCCAUCAGUAGGGAUAUACCACCAAGAAAAAGAUCAAAAUUAAAUCCAGUUCAUGAAAUGCGUAUUCAUAAUGACACUUUCAAUAGAAGGAUUAGUUAUGGUGUAUCCAAAAGGUAUGCACACGAGGAAGAAGAGGGAGAAGAAGAAGAGAAAGAGGAAGAGGAUGCUGGGCAUCCUAUAGUCAUGGUAGAGGAUUAUAUUCCGCCAAGUAAUGAUGAUCAGAGUAAAAGGUUCGCCAAGAAAAAGGUUUCUGUGUCUAAUCUCAAGAACAAGAUGAGCCGGAACCUUGAUAUGCAUGUACCUUUGAAAUUGAGGAAGAACGCAGAUAGAUGUGCAACCGCGGCAUCAUCAGUAACACUUGUUCCUCAUAUUUUAGAUGACAACAUUAAUGAUAAUAACGCGGUAGAUUCUUAUCAUGAUGAACCCAAUCACAUUGCAGAUAACGUUAAAGAUAUUUUAGAAGGUUUAAUCAAACCUAACCCACAACAGGAGCAUGACAAGUAUUUGUUUCACAUCGCAAAGGAUACUAAAUUAAGGAAGUGUGUCAUAUGUGAAAGUCUACUUUAUGAAGUGAGUUCAUUACUUGCUGAUCGAAGCGAUUUCAAAGAAAUCGUAUGUGGAAAAUGUACUGAGAAGUACGAAGAGGCUGCCAAGAUUUUUGAAGAAUACGAAUUCGAAUCUUCCUGUGAAAGUUCAAAAAAUUCCUCCAUGAGUAGCAUGGAUAGCGCAGUACAAUUAACCGACAAUAGUCCACAACCAUUGGGAAAUAAGGCUAAUUUUUCACAAGAAUUAAUCUCUAGGUUGCAAUGGCAAUUGCAGGCUAGUAUGAGAGACGAUGAUACCCAUUUGGACAAAUCAAUGGAUUUUAGCACGAUGACUUGGUUCAUAGAAGCCAAGAAGAAGAUUAGAUGGAGAUGGAGAGUAAGUGGACUUUUGCCCCAUUUCUUAGUAAGAAAAUACAAAAAUGCAAACUAA